AUGACCAUUCUAGCGUCAUCUUCAUCACCAUCUUCUCAAGAUAUCCAUCUUACUGAAACCACAACACCAACCUAUCACCUCAUGUCUUCAUCAUCAUCUCCGAAUAUUGACAACCUCACAUCAGGAGGAGAGUUUCCAUCCCAUCCACCACAUCAACAACAUUCUACAUCGCUCUUACCACCUCCCUAUCCAGUUGCAAAUUCUACAACGACAACCACCACAACCACCACCGUAACCUUUGUUGAAAUGGACCAAUCAGCAAACAAUGAUCUCAAAGCAGAAACUUGGGCUCAUAAAAAGGAAAAAAACCAACAACAUACAGGAGAAUCAUUCAAAUCGUCAAAUGCAAGUGAGGACGACGACUCUAAAAGUGAUGUUUUGGACGAGAAUAACGGGAAAAAGAAAAAAAAGUUUAAGAAAAAGGCAAAAGCAUGCUUGGAUAAGGCGAUCAAUAUGCUUGAUGCCAUCGGCGAGAGUGUCGAUGGUCCUGGAAUACGUAAAAAAACAUUUGUUGGAGCCUUAUUGACCACCAUUAUGAGAAUUUGUGUUCUCAUAUUAAUUGCCUACAAGUUGUACUUGUUGAUCAUCGAUAAUAGAAGUCAAACGACCGGAAAUGUUGUCGCUCUCAAUUAUGUAAAAUCAUCAAAUGUCAAAUAUAUGGAUGUGCCAACUCUACAAAUGACCAUUCGAAAGAAUAUAACAUUCUACGAAGGAAAAGAAUAUGGUCCCUCUUUGCAACGUGUUGACAUUUAUGACAACUUUGGUUAUGAAAAACCCUUUUCUUCACGGCGGCUCAAGAGCGAAGUCAAUGAUGUUGUACCGAUCACAAAAGCGAUGCACGGAAAAGCCACUCUGAAGCUUGGAAGUUUUGAAUCCUCUUUGACUCCUCCUUUUACAUCUGUAGAUGUUGAAAGGGCGGCAAAUUAUUCUCAAACACUAUUCACGACCGAGCAAAAGAGCUUGUCGGUCAUGUCUGCGAGAGUGAGCGAUCCCUUAAAGAUUCUCUAUCUUUUAAAUGGUGUUUACGACUCGGCAGAUUCAACCUUCUACAACCAUACUGUGCAUUUGUUCCUGAGAUUUAUAGACGAUAUGAGUCAUAUCAAACCAUGUCAAAUGCAAGUUGGUCUCAUCAAUGGUGGAAUUUUGAAUUUGAUUCAAGAGACUGGACCUGACUUGAAGACUUACAUCAAGAAGGAAUACCAAUCCCAUGCAGAAACAUACUUUACAACUAGUAAUAGUACAUGGCAAAUUCCUGUUACGCGUUACUUGGGCAGUGGUACUACUAGUGAAAUUUCCAGUGAAGGUAUUAAUUACAAUCUAUUUUACCUCACUCAAGAAUUUGGAUCUGGCAAAUUGUAUAAUUUUCUUUCCAAGAAAUCGAUUAAUGGCUUGCCUAUUGAUAUUUCCAAAUUAUUCGUACAGAAAGGCAUGAAGACGUCUUCGUUCUUGGAGUGGGCAUUCCUCAUCAGUUAUGUUAAUAAUUUUGUUCACACUGAAAAUACAAUUCAAUGUGACGAGUAUGAGGAUGCGAUUAGUGACGUUUCCACAAUCUACAGCUCUCCACCAAAAAAUCUUAGAGAUUGGGUAUUUCCUUACGAAGUCAGAAUUUUGGCUGACCUUGUGAAUGACACAGCCACAACGUUUUAUGCUCUUGUGCCAAAUACUUUUUCUCCAAUUGCAAGUCAAUUCAAAUUGAUCGUACUAGGGGUUACUGGGUUGUCAGAAAUUGUCCGAGUGAAUUCUUAUGAAAUGCCAACAAAUAGAACUUUCCCAUUUAUCUAUGUCAAGUUCACUGUUGAAAGAAAAGGUUCCAAAGACUUUAAAAAGUUGGAAUCACAAGGUGAUACCUUCAUCAAUAAUGUUAUCAAUUAUCAGUCAGUUUCCACCCCUGCUACAUUGCCUCCUGAUUGGAUGGCGAAAGGAUUUUGGAAAUGUUCUCCUCAAAAAUAUGGUGACGGAUUUUGUGACUGUGAGUGUGGUUUUGUGAAUGCUACUGUAAUAGCUCGUGACAUUGAUUGCAACAAUCUUCUUCCUACACUAUUUAGCAGUUCGAAUUUUGUGAACAAGUUCCAACAAACAUCGUGUGCAGCAAAGGGCCAGUUUUGUUCAAGUGCUGGCAUAUGCGUUUCUGCUCCAUACUUGCGUUCAUCCAAGCCUUGCUAUACAAAAGCUUCUUAUUUGGGAGAAAAGCAAGUCAUUGGAUUUUUUGGAUCUGACACCGACUUUGAUAAUGCCGGAGGAUCAUCCAUUUGUACUCAAUGCAUGGGUGACACUUUCUAUGAUGAGAAAGCAUAUCUGUCUUACCAACACAACAAAUUCAUUUGUCAAGCAUCACCAGUGGGAUAUAUUUUCGGAAGAGACUUCUUUUCAGACAUUCUUACCUCAACAGGUUAUAUUGGUAAUUGGACAAAUCCACCGGAAAACCUUUCUCCCAACUGUGUGUACGUUCCUGUACGAGUGAAAGUGGGCCAUCCCAUGUUUCCUCAGAUUCCAGACGAUGGUACUUAUUAUGAUGUUUCUGUGGGUGAUAAUAGCUAUGAUCAGUACGUGCAAACUCUCUACUUGACUAAGGUUGGAUCCACAAGGAGAACGACAAAAACUCUCACUCCAGACGGUGAUCUUGUUGGACAAUCCCAGUAUGACAUUCAAACGUUGUGUUUGACCAAUGAAGACUUGAAAUUCAAAGAAAUGGCAGGAUUUGGACUUAUUGUCUCAUCUGUGUCACCAUACUCUUCUGUGAUUUUAGUGGAGGCCCAAUCACUCCACACGAAUGAUCCAAGCAACACCUUGGAUUUCAUUGGAAAGUUUCCAAGUACGGGCUCUUUCAAAGUUCAAUUCUACGCUGGAACCUCUUACUCUGACGGAAUUUAUGACACUUAUACAAAACAGCCCGUCAUGUUGGAUGUGCAAGGUGUCACCCAGUUGAAUUCUUUCCAGGUUUUACAACUUCGUGCUCCUCCUUCCUUCUCCGUUGGAUUAGCAUUUGAGCUCAAGAGUUUUAAUGACCAUACUCGAACCAACAUCACUGUUCAACAAUUUCCACUUGGUGACGAUUUAUCAGGAACGGAUAUUGUCAAAAUGGUGCAAUUGUACAAACAAAACCCUCUACAGGUUCAACGACCAAAAAUUCUCAUUCGACCUGGUGUGAAUGAAUACAGUUAUGUGCAGCAUGUAGAGGUGGACGAUUUGGUAGUGGUCAGUAAGCUUCCACGGACCUACAAUCUCUUGUUGAACGCACCAGUUUCACCGGAUUUUGAUGUAAGCUCAUUGGUGGAGUGUAUCUCAGAAAUGACCAUUGGAACGGUACUGAUUCCACUUUCGUUGUCUUCUUCCUACGAUAGAAAACCUUACAUGCCGUCAGAGAGUUACGCUCAAGGAAUUCCCACACCUGACUCGAUCAAUGUGGAAUACUCCAUGUACAUUAUUCCUGAAAAGAAGAAGUUCCCUAAUGUUGAUUACAAUGAUGAUCAAGAGAAGGCAUCUGUUCCAUCUUCAACACUUAAUUUAUGUCCUCGUGAAUAUCCCUAUGAGACAUUAACCAUUUUGAACAGUCAAGAUCCUGUCUGGAGUGCAUUUUCCAUUCAUCCAGCACGUGGAUAUCAAGUUAAAAAUUGCUCUCUUCAAGUUUGGACGGACUCCAUGGUUGAGAAGAACUGCAUCAAUGUUAGUAAGAGCCCCAAGAACCAAUACAACAAUAAUUGCAUCAAGGAAAUGCCACCAACCUACUCUCUCACAUACAAUCAUGUCAUUCAGUUGAAUAACAAGUGGAAGAAUGUAAGUGCAACGAAUGCCGUCGAUGCUACCACAGGAGGCGCCAACAGGCCCGAGUACGAGUACAAUUUCAAACAUGUGUUCUAUUUCCAACAUGAUGAAUAUUCGAAUUCAGUGGAUGCCGCUUUUUCAGGCAGCUCUCCAAGCAAGGGUGAUACGACACAAUUCUCAGAGAAACUCUAUUUCAAUGGAAAGUUGAAUUUCAUUGGCAAAUCCAAAGAUCCAUUCCUCCCUGCUAAUGAUCCAAUGUUAGAUAUGGAUGCAACGAUUGACUUGUCUCCAUUUUUUGUCGAAGAUGUCCUUAAUAACUCUCAAAAUCUAAUGGUCAAUUAUGGUAUUGACAUUGUUGACGAGAGCGGCACAUGGAGACAAGUAAAGUCACCAACUAGGAAAGAUGUAGAGGCGUUUGGAAAAUCAAUAUUUAGGAAUUUAAAUGUUAGAUGGGAUUUCUCUGCGCUUGAAAAGGGAUCUCCAAAUAACAAGCUUGCUCUCACUCCUGGAAUUCAGUAUAAUCUCUUUGCGACGUUAAAGAUCACUACAGUCUACUCGAAAGGGGUGUUCGGAAAUUCUGAUAUCACAAAUGUUCAAGUUUUUGUGCAGUCUACAUCUGUCUCUAAAUCCUCUCUCGAUUACGUGAAUAGAAACAAGUGUAUUUUGAAUUAUGUUAUCCAGUUUGAUCUUGCCCAAAGCCAUCAAGUUGUGAUGGCCUCUGAUUAUACAUUCUUUGCAUUCUUCACAGAUGUCGGUGGUGCAUUAGGUAUAAUGGCAAUUGGUGAAUUAAUUGUUGAAUUAUGGCAAUCGUAUGUGUCACAACCAGAAAUGUUCAUAAAGGAAGCCAUGAAAGAAGAUAAGGAGAGAAGGAAGGUACAAAAGAAGCUCAAAAAGAAAGGAUUCUGGGCCAGAUGGCUUCCAAUGACAGAUAGAAAUACUAUUGAGGUUGAGAAUGUCGUGAACGCUAUCACUAAUAUUCCAUUGAAUUAA